CGGGUGGACAGGUCACCGAACGACAUCACACGAUACGACAAUAUGGCUACGACGAGUCGAGAUAUGAUGGCCAUUGUCCUGCACGCCGACGGAGGGGAUCUGAAAAAAGUAAAUGUCAAACCCCGACUCCACAACGACCUCACAACCGUGCACGUUGUGGAGGAGAAGUUUGGGAAGUGUCAAGGUAAACACGGUGGGAUAAAGAGCGAUGAUAGUGCGGUGUAUUCCAUCUGGGAGCGAGAGCCUGGAAAGUUACGUUCGUUGUGCGGGUCAUUUGUCGAAGAGGCGGAAGGUGUGCUUUUGUUAGGUAGAGCGCACGCAGGUCUUGUGUGUCAGUUAUUACUGGCAGGUAAUAAUGUCCUUGCCUGCGACGAGUCGGCCAAGGACAUUGCAUAUCUGACAAAGUUCGUCGAUAUACUUGUGAAGGAUGAGAGAUUCGCCUGUCAUGUCGAGAAGCUACGUUGCAAACAUCGUAGCAAUAGGGACAUGUUCCACAAGUUGGGACGCAAGAGACAUAAGGUGUGGGAAUACCUGUUCCGUGAUGCGCCGCAAGGACGGCUUGACGGGAAUUACAUCUACAGGAAAGCAAAGGUGACAGAGACCCUGGAACAUUAUCACGGUGCUCUUACUGGCGCCUUUGAGACUUUUGUCGCUCGAUGCGAGAUCGUGAAGUUCGAUCUUCAUAAAGACCAGCUGAUGUCCAAGGACUACGCUGACCUCGCGAAAUCGGGUGAAGGCUUUAACCCCGUGGCCGCCCCCAGUGUUGGCUCGAUGGUGGCCCCCAUGGAGGGCACCGGUUUGCCAAACAUGGGAAUAUGUGGUCCCAAUGAUGAAGAUGACAUUGAUAUGCCAGGCGAGGCGUCGAAGCUCGCACCAGGCGAUCCAAUUCCUUCCGGCUAUUGUGCUGAUCCGACCACAAUUUAUUUCUUGGGGGGCAAACACGCUCGCACUGGUGAGGACAAGUGGGGCCAUGACAUCGUGUGGCAUGAGAGCAUUUUUGAGCCCUGCAUCCAAGAUGGGGAGUGGAAGAUGGCGGUCAAAUACACACGCGGAUGGCAGACGUUUCGCCGGAUGUCAAAGGACACUUGGCUGAAAACGACGGAACUCGCGAUUAUGUACCGCGUGCAAAAGGAGAAUCCGAGGAAGAGCGAGGGUGCUGUCAAAGACAAGGCCAAAGAAUUGUUUUCUGUAUUGCGAGACAAUCAGCACUUGGAGUACAGUUGGAAAUUUUACGCCCUGCCAACGAGUCCCUCAUGGGGCAAUCGGUCAAGAGGUAUGAUUGCAGAGGCUGGAAAGAGGUCCGAGAGGGUGGACGAGGAACACUUGUUCCCGUUCACGUGGACAUCAAGAAGACACGCCAUAGCGAUAACGAAACGGGACGUAUUGCGAUUGGGUGCGCAGCAGUGGCUGAACGACGACGUGAUCGAUAUGUACUUACAGUCCGUCUAUGAAGAACAUUUCCCUGCACAGGACAACACGACACUUCAUGAGGAAGGCGAAGAAGAAAACACCGACGAAGAAAUGUCAGAAGAAGWAGAACAUGAGAGAACGCAGGAAGGAGGAGAAGGUGACGAAAGUGAUGCAAAGGAGAGCAAUCCGGAGGGAGACAGCAACGGCGAGAACACGGACAGAUCCGAGGAGGGCGAAGAGGAAGAGGAAGGCAACAGUGAAGACGAAGAAAGAGAGAUUACAUCUGCUGAGAACAGUGCGAAAUGCGGAAGUGAUGAAAAAAUGGCAGGCGCACUAGGGACUUCAUCGAACGACAAACAAAUUGUGCAGAGGGAGAAUGUACCGCUACAGGGUAAGAGGAAGGGUGCCUUAUAAAGACACCACUAUGUGUGCACAGCACGGUCGUUUUCGGUAUUGCAGAAACGA